UUUUUGUAGAGGUUAUGGAAACAUGGCCGCCGCCACCGCCACCGACGAAGCCCGGGAAAUGGAAGUUGAAGAUGAACCCGAAGAGAUAGAAACGAACGACACAGGUGAAUGUGACAAAAAUGAAAAACCAAACAGAAUAUCAAGACUUCCACUUACAAGAAUUAAACAUAUAAUUAAGACAGAUCCUGAUGUAACUUUAGCAAGCCAAGACUCGGUUGUUCUCAUUGCGAAAGCUACGGAGAUGUUUUUGCAUCAUUUCACAAGGUCUGCAUAUGUGCAAACUGCAAAAGGCAAACGAAAAACAAUACAGAAAAAAGAUAUCGAUAUUUCAGUGGAUCUGACUGACGAAUACGCAUUUCUCGAAGGUAUGCUAGAUUCAUGAGUCAACUUUCAUCUGAUGAGUUCAAAGUGUACAGCAAAAUACGAGAACUGGAAAAAAUUGUAAAAGAAUGGCUAUUGGUUACUGUAUGUCACAUGACGUUUUAAGACCAAUCACAUUAUACACAAAGUAUUAUGUAAAUAAAUUCCAUAUGAUAUUUUCAAGAUUUGUUACUGGUCUCAGUGUGUUCACUUGAGUAAAAACACUUCUAAAGUUUU